AUGAAGGAGAAAGCCAAAGGCCACGCGGAGGCCAUGAAGGAAAAAACCGGGGACGCGGCUGGGUUCGCACGGGCCCGGGCGGAGGAAAUUAACGAGAAGAGCAAGGAGACUCUGGGUCCGAUGGCCGACAAGGCCCAAGAGAUGCGGGACAAGGCGAUGGGCUCGGCCAAGGAGACGAAGGACCGAACCAUGGAGAGGGCCCACAAGGCGAAGGAAGGGGCCAAGGGGAUGGCGGAGAAGGUGGCGGACACGGCCAAGGGAACGGUGAGGAAGAUAAAAGAGACAGUGGUCGGGAAGACUGAGGAGGAGGAAUUAGAGGAUUACGUGGAAGACCACGUGGGCAAGGGGAAGGAUGUGGAUGAUGACGUGGUGGAUAAGAGACAACUGGAGAAGGAACGGAAAAAGUAUUAA